AUUGAUCAAUAUUCGAUGGAGACUACAACAGAGGUACCAGUACACUACAGAUAUAAUGGACAACUCUAUUGUCCAGCAGUAGGCCAUGCAGUUGUGGAAUUAAAAAUAAAUCACAACGAAGGACAAUAUGAAGGACAAUUUACAGGCUUUAAUGUUGUUGAGAACAACGCCACUUCUGAAUUAACAAACGACCGAAAUUCUAUAUUCUCGCCGUUCUCUUCUCAUGACUCACCUCAACAAAUUUCGCCAAAUUCUAAGACACGAGCUUUUUUGGAAGAAUUUAACAUGUUAAUUUCGCGAAAUAUGAAUAAUGAUUUGGCACUGAGUAGUGAUGUGUUACAAAGUUUUUCGAAUUUUCAACGGACAUAUGAAAGUUUGAAGGGUCAGAAGAAUGAUAGAAUCGAAAUUAUUGAAAUUUCUGAUGAUGAAGAUGAACUACAAGGACCUGUAGCGGCUCAGUAUAAUCGUGAGCAUAGUAUGCAUUUACGAAGCAUGACACUCAUAAGACCAAAGGUCGUUAUUAAGAAUAUUAUGCCUUUGCCUGGAGUUAAAAUAGAUCAUUAUCCCACUUUGCCAAAGUUCAAAAAUCUCCAUCUCAAAAAAGCAGCACUAACCCAUCACACUGUGAAUAGCACUGUUGGUUGUAACUAUGAGCGUCUAGAACAUCUUGGAGACCGUGUACUUCAACACGUAGCAAAUCAGAUGGCCUUUGACAGAGCUGAGAAGCAUCCCGUUUUAUGUAAAUUUGAAGAACAAAUCAUGAAAAAGAUCGAAGUUGCAAUCAACUUCUUUGUCAAUAACAAAACUCUGGCAGUGGUAGGGCAUAUUCUGGACGUUAAGACAUAUGCGAUUAAGGAAGCUGGAGGUCCAAAAAGAUUCACCACCAAAGAUACUGCCGAUUAUGUGGAAGCUUUGAUAGGUGCUCUGUACGAAGAUAAUUAUCGUGACUUUGAUCCAAUUAGAGAAUGGUAUGAACCAAUAACCGGUUCUCUUUUGGAUCGAAUCUUGUACGCGACAGCAUUCGGAGGACCUGAUGAAUGGGAUGUUUUUAACUGGGCAUCUGACAUGUAUUCUCAUCUUAAUAAACGAUUCAUUAGGCCAGCACAAUGA